AUGGCCGGAGAACAACAUAGCGAUCACAGCCGUCCCCUCGUCAACUACAACAUGGACGACGGCCCGCCAUCCCAUGAAGCGGACGUUCGGGACGGUCAUCCAUCCACCCCGUCUCCAGAGCCCCAAAACAACGGAGAUGCCUCUCACGCCCACAAUUUAGGGGCAGAGACAUUUCAUCCCAUUCCCGUUCCCGUUGAAGGAGACGCCGUAAUGAUUGCCAUGGUGAAUGCCCUCAAUCAGGCCGGUUCUAUGCUCCACCAGCAGCACGAACGAAUCAUGGCCCUCGAAGCCGAACGACAAGAGGCCCGGCCCCAGCCGGUGAGUAGGAUACAACAACGUUCGGAGCCAACGAAGAAGCGAGGACGUCGCUCUCCCGAACCCCACGCCAGCAGGGCACGCGCCCGUCGUGACGGUGGUCGAGCGAGAACAUCACCAAGGCGCGGGCACAGCCCCGACAACAACGAACUGUCUCCCUUAAGGAGCGACGAGGAAGAUUUGCAUUGCCCCCUAUCUCGGGCAAUAAUGGAAGCCCCGCUCCCCAAAGGCAUGGAGAAACCGCCAAACCUAGCUGUGUACGACGGGACUACAGAUCCCGACGAUCACGUCGACAACGUCAACGCGAUGCUCGACUACCGCAAUGAUAUAACCGGGCACCUCAAAUGCCGACUGUUCUCAACGACCCUCAGGAAAGGGGCCAUGGCCUGGUACAAAAGCUUGGCCCCUGAGUCCAUUACGUCAUGGAGAGUCAUGAGGUCCAUGUUCACCCGGCACUUUACAGCUUCCCGUCGUCACCCCAAGACUGAGGCGACCCUUGAAGCCAUAGUGCAGAAGAAGAAUGAAACACUGCGCUCAUACAUCGAGCGAUUCAACCAGGAAGCUGUCGAGGUAGAUACCACCGAGCACAUGAAGAAGUAUCUCCUCGAGAGAGGUCUCUUACCCGGCAGUGAACUUAGCAGAGCCGUAGGGAUCGAGCCUCCCCGCACCUUAAACGAGCUCCUGCAUAAAGCCCAGGCCUACAUCAGAUACGAGGAAAAGCAGGUGGCACACAAUGCCCGCAGCGGACGUAACGCUGGGGAGACCGAGCACUCAAAACGCGAGGACACGAGCAUUUCCCGUCGCAACGGAGACAAACGAAGAGAAGAAAGACCUCGCGAGCUCCGGGAAGGAAGAGGCCCCGCGGGCAGAUAUAGCGAGUACACCUUACUGACAGCUCCUCGAGAGCGUAUCCUCGUAGAAUGUAUCAACUCUGAAUUUAAGCAGGGCAGGGUCAGGUUCCCAAAACCGUCUGCACCAAAGCCCCACACCGACAAAUCAAAGUACUGCCGGUUCCACAGAAGUCACGGGCACGUGACCGAAGACUGCGUCCACCUGAAAGAUGCGAUUGAAAUUUUAAUCCAAGAAGGGCACCUGAAGCAGUACACGAGGAGGAACGAAGCUCCCAGACACGACGAGCCAGAGAAGAAGAGACCCCGGGAAAACACACCCCCCGACAACUCUCCCUAUCAAGUGGCCCUCUGCGUGUCACGACCGGAAGAUUUCUUCCUCCCCGAACCAUUGCCCGAGGGCAAGAUCACUGCACUCAGCCCCUGGGAAGACUUCCCUACCACACUGGUGAUAUCAGGAGGAGGAACUAACGGGGAAUCCGCGGCCCUCUCCGUCAAACGUAAGUUCGACGAACUCCUACUGACUGCCCCCGAGCAGAAAGCGACAUUGACAAAAUACCGGGGAAAAUCCAACCCAAUAUCCUUCUUCCUGGAGGAACUCCCGGGCGGGUCCCCGAACUCGGGCAUCCCACUAUUGAUAAGGGCAAAGAUGGCCCAAUUCGACGUACGACGCAUCCUGGUCGACCAAGGCAGCUCAGUGGAUAUCAUGUACGUCCACCUCUUCAAGACUCUGAAGCUAGACAAGACCAACUUAGCCCCCUACGUCGGAUCAGACCUCCAAGGAUUCAACGGAGCAACAACCAGACCGUGGGGAUAUGUUGAGCUCCUCGUCACUUUCGGCGAACAAGAAACGGCCAGGGAAGUCAAAAUCCAAUUCCUGGUCGUAGACUGUCCGUCUCUCUACAAUUGCAUCUUUGGACGCCCGACACUGGCCGAACUCACCGCGGUCCCAUCCACCGUCCACCUGAAGAUGAAAUACUACACCAAAUUGGGACGCGUGGUCACCGUCCAUGGAGACAUCGAAGCAGCCCGGCGAUGCUACGACGCCGCAGUAAAAGGACAGGCCGUAGUCAGCACGAAGAGCAACUGCAACAACAAAAAACUCAAGACCGAGGAUCCUGCCCGAGGAGUCAACGCCAUCGACCUCGACUGUCGCAUCGGGCUGGACGAGACCGAAGAGGGGAGGUUCCCCAAGGAACCCUCUCUCGAACACCCGGUCCGACCAAUUCCCGACGGGGAGUUCGAACUCAUUCCUCUUGGGGACGAUCCGGAAAAGACGGUGAAGAUAGGUAAGGGACUACCCGAGGAAACAAGAGAAGAGCUAGUAGCAUGCCUCAAAGAGAACUCCGACCUCUUCGCGUGGAAUGCCGCAGAAAUGCCCGGGCUGGACCCCGAGAUCGCGUGUCAUAAGCUAGCUUUAGACCGGGCAGCCAAGCCCAUAGCACAGCAUAGACGCAAGCAAUCGCCCGAAAAGGCAGAGGCUGCCGAGCGAGCUGUAAAAGACCUCUUAGAGGCAAAUUUUAUUUCUGAAGCCCAGUACACAACCUGGCUCUCUAAUGUAGUCCUCGUUAAGAAAAAUAAUGGAAAAUGGCGUAUGUGUGUUGAUUAUACUGAUCUUAAUAGGGCUUGCCCGAAAGAUGCUUUCCCCCUCCCUAAUAUAGACUCGCUCGUUGACAACUCUGCAGGUUUUAAACUCUUGUCCUUCAUGGACGCAUAUAGUGGAUACAACCAGAUCCCUAUGUCGCCCGCAGACAAGAAACACACAGCGUUCAUGACCCCAACGGGCAAUUACUAUUACAACGUGAUGCCGUUCGGGCUCAAGAACGCUGGCGCUACAUACCAACGCAUGAUGAACAAAGUCUUCAAGGACGAAAUAGGGGACAUGCUCGAAGUGUACAUGGACGACAUGAUCGUCAAAUCACACGAGGAGAUAGCCCAUGCUCGGCACCUUGCGAAGGUAUUCGAGCAGGCGAGACAGUGUAAAAUGAGGUUCAACCCCGAAAAAUGCACAUUCGGAGUCCGGGCAGGCAAGUUCCUCGGUUUCUAUCUCACCGAAAGAGGGAUCGAGGCCAACCCCGACAAAUGCCGGGCAUUCUCGGAGUUUCCGACCCCGAAAACCAAAAAAUCGAUCCAGUCACUCAAUGGAGUGCUCGCCUCACUCUCCCGUUUCAUCGCCAAGUCCGCCCAGCACGCAUUGCCAUUCUUCAGACUCCUUCGCAAAGAGGCUACCUUCGACUGGACCGAUGAAUGCGAGCAAGCGCUACUCCAUCUAAAGAAGGUUCUGUCCCAACCCCCGUCUUAUCACGGCCAUCAGAAAAGGAAACCCUAUACUUAUACCUAUCCGUGGCAACCGAGGCCGUCAGCGCCGUUCUAA